AUGUCUUCACCGCCGCCCCUUUCGACGCCGCUAUGCAAGCUUCUGGGUAUCAAGUACCCCAUCAUGCUUGCAGGCAUGGCCCGGACGUCUGGUGGCCCGCUCGCCGCAGCUGUGACAAAUGCUGGCGGUAUUGGAACGAUCGGAGGACUCGGAUAUAGUCCCAAACAGCUACAAGAAAUCAUCGACGAGCUAAAAGCCAACCUCGCCGACAAGAAUGCGCCCUUCGGUGUCGAUCUCGCCCUUCCUCAAGUCGGUGGCAGCGCGCGCAAGACAAACCAUGACUAUACCCAUGGCCAGCUAGACGAGCUCAUCGAGGUCACCAUCCGCAACGGAGCCAAGAUCUUCGUGUCCGCCGUGGGCGUGCCGCCCGCUCGCGCCAUCAAGCGCCUCCAUGAAGCUGGGAUACUCGUGAUGAACAUGGUCGGCGCGCCCAAGCAUGCUGAAAAGGCGCUCAAGGCUGGCGUGGACAUCGUGUGUGCGCAGGGAGGCGAAGGUGGCGGUCACACUGGCGACAUUGCGACCAGCAUUCUGAUACCGGCCGUGUGCGACGUUGCGAAGAAAUACAAGUCUCCCCUCACUGGAGAACCCGCUAUGGUGGUCGCGGCUGGGGGCGUAUACGACGGCCGCUCUCUGGCGUCAUCGUUGAUGCAGGGAGCCGUCGGGGUCUGGGUCGGCACACGCUUUGUUGCCGCUGAAGAGUCCGGUGCGUCCAGAAUGCACAAAGAGGACGUGGUGAGCGCCGAUUUCCCGGACACUUUGCGCACACUGGUCGUUUCUGGCCGGCCUCUGAGGGUCAGGAUGAAUGACUACAUUCAGAAAUGGGAGAAUGAGCCGGAAAAAAUCAAGGAGCUGACGGAUAAGGGUAUCGUGCCGAUGAUGCAUGAUAUUGAGAACGACAAAGACGUCGAAAUGCCCUUUUUGAUGGGCCAAGUUGCAGCCAUUAUCAAAGACAUCAAGCCCGCCAAAGACAUCGUGGAAGAUAUGGUGCGAGAGGCGGUUGCUCAGCUGAAGUUGGGACAGACAUACUUGCAAGAAGGAGGGAGGAGCAAGCUAUGA